CGGACGCAGGCGGCGAUGGUGACUGGGCAGCGGCGCGGGGCCGGGUCUUGGGCGGGGAGGCUCGGCGGCCUCUUUCUUUCUCUGCCCCCGCCCCUCUUUCUCCUCCCUCCGUACUAGCCCCUCGGCGGCCCAGGUCGGCGCUUUCGCCUCGCCUGCUCCUCCUCCCCCACCUGUGGACCCACUCCCUUCCCUUCCCUCGCCCCCUCCUCUCCUCACUCCUCCCUCCUCCUCCUCCCCGGAGCUGCCCGCGGACCCGAGAGAGGUGGCUGCGAGGAGGCGUAACGGGAAGCCCCGGCUUGGGGAAGGCUGCGGGCUCGGAGACGCCGAGCCGGGGCGGGUAAAUUGGGAAGCAGACUCUUGAGUUCACAGCUGGCCUGUGGUUUUGCAUCUCGUUAAGGAGCUCUUCAUACAGGUGACGUUUUUCUGAAGUUGUUCAUUGAAACUUCCUAGCAUUCCUCCAGGUGCAAUAGGUGAGGCUGGCAGCUGCGCUCCGGAGCUCCGACAUGGCAGCAUGACAGCCCAGGACGGCGCCGCCAGAGGCUGGGAGAAAGGAGCCCCUGGCUGUGGGAGUGAGUACCCCGAGCAGCAGCGACUUCCUUCUGAAGCCUCCUGAGCUUCCUUCCCCACCGGCUUGUUUUUUUUAUUAACUCCGUGGACUCCUCUUUUUCCGCCUUGAACAUCAAUAUGUGUCAUGUCAUUGUCACCUGUCGCUCGAUGCUCUGGACUCUCCUGAGUAUUGUAGUGGCCUUUGCAGAGCUCAUUGCCUUCAUGAGCGCAGACUGGUUGAUUGGAAAAGCCAAGACUCGCGGCAGCGUGGAGCCCGAUGAGCCCAGCAGCGGCCCCUCGGAGCCCUACCACCCCACCCUGGGCAUCUAUGCCCGCUGCAUCCGCAACCCCGGGGUGCAGCAUGUCCCGCGGGAGACGCUUUGCGGGCCCUACGCUGAGAACUUCGGGGAGAUUGCCAGCGGCUUCUGGCAGGCCACUGCGAUCUUCUUAGCCGUGGGCAUCUUCAUCCUCUGCAUGGUGGCCUUGGUGUCCGUCUUCACCAUGUGUGUGCAGAGCAUCAUGAAGAAAAGUAUUUUCAACGUCUGCGGGCUGUUGCAAGGAAUUGCAGGCCUGUUCCUUAUCCUUGGUUUGAUACUCUACCCUGCUGGCUGGGGCUGCCAGAAGGCCAUUGCCUACUGUGGACACUACGCAUCGGCCUACAAACCUGGAGACUGCUCCUUGGGCUGGGCCUUUUAUACUGCCAUCGGUGGAACAGUCCUCACCUUCAUCUGUGCCAUCUUUUCUGCACAAGCAGAAAUUGCAACCUCCAGUGACAAAGUUCAGGAAGAAAUCGAAGAGGGGAAAAACCUUAUCUGCCUCCUUUAAUUUGGAAGAGACAAAAAUGCCAUUUUCUUCCUUGUGAAACAGUCCACCUCUGGUUUUGUUGUUUGAGUCAAGUAAAGAACUAGCCUUUACCUACAAAAGCCACAUUCCACAGCCUGGAGCCUUAACAGUACCAAUGAGAGGCAACAUCUAGCUAAGCAAAGUGACUGCACAUGAGGACCACAAUGCAAAUCGAGAGAGAGAGAACAUGAAAAUAGUACAUAAACAGACGUGUAGUUAACAAGUUCAGCUACACUGCAUCUCCCCCAAGGCUCAGUGAAGGAUAUUGAUCUAAACUAUUAAACAGCAUUUCUCUUGUAACAGAAGAGACUGUUAGCCAGGUUUGCUGGUUGUUCUGAGUUGUGUUUCUACCACAAGGUUGCAGGCCUGUGAGCAUUUCUGCCUCAGAAUGAGGUCUGGGGGUUGAUGUUACUAUUUGCUCCUAGUUCUUUCAAGUUGUCUCAACUGGAGACUAAAACGAAGACUGCACUCUUACUGGGCAUAGGGUGUAUGCUAAAGGGCAGAGCAAGAUACUGUCUCUUGCUCAGCACACCAAAGCGGGCAGUGGGGAAUCCUAUUGUGGAAUUUAAUUCUAGGCUGAAUUCCAGGAUAAGGUGAAUCAACUGAACUGCCACUCAAAGAAUAAGGAUAGGAUCCUGAGAAUAAAAUGUGUCUCCUGCUAGUGGAGACAAAUUCAUUCUGCUUCCACUAGAGAUCACGUUUUUCUCCUUGCAUUGGAACUGGGCUUUGACUGCCAAAGGAAAUCUCACUGUUUCCUCAUUCCAGGGACAGAGAGGUCUCCAAGCCAGCUGUGCCUCAUUCACAUGUUCACUGAGAGAACUUGCCAGAAUCUCAGCACUUGUGGGGAGACCUUUUCCCACUGUUUGUUUGGUAACCAUGCUGUAGUCAGCUAUAUUUCCAACCCCAACAGCAGCAAAAUGCCAUUCUGUGCAUAAAAAAAAAAAAAGCUAAUCACGGGGCUUGAGUUUUUCUAGUUACUGGUGUUGAUUCUGAGAUAACAUGCAAUUGCUGCAACUGGUGAGUUGCAUCAAAGGCUUCAUUCCCAGGAAAGCACAGAGUAGGAAAGUGAAUGCAAAAAAAGAGCUAGCUCAUGGCAUCUGCCUAUACCUAUUUUCAAAAAGAAUUGACUACCAUUGUUAUAAAGGGUUCAAGGGCUUUUAAUCAAGUUUCUAUAAAUUACCAAUAUCAUAGGUUCAGGAAAAUGGUAUUAACCAUCACUUCAAAUUUACUUUGGAAUGAUCAACGUGGCCAGAAAAAACCUAGUCUAGUAUUUGCCUUGAGCUCAGAACUGGAGAAUGAUAAACACUCCAUAGCAACAUAAGCAACUGGAGUGGAGUUGCCAGAUUUCUGGAAGGAUUCAGUGUCUAUGGGUUUAUGAAUCUGCUCACUUGAGGGCUUGCUUUGUUUUGAAAAUUUAACAAAUUACAUACCUUGUUUGGGCAUGGUAUUGUUUGUUAAGUGCCACCUGAUUCAGAUUUUACAACCUUGCUGCAGUGAAUCAUCUUAAAGCAGUGAGUCUAAAACCAUGCCUUGCCUUGGUGCAGAACAACUAAUUGCUUUACAUAUAAAUGGAAUGGACGAACUCAAGUUUUACUCCAUUCCGGCCUUUGGCCUAUACCAGAAACCAUCUUAUCGUGUAGAUUAAGAGCUAAGGGCAGGAGGGGCAAGGGUGUGGAACCAGGCCUUAAUGAGUUCACCAUUCUUAGACCAAAGUUCAGAACAAGCAAAAUGUAAAUCCUAUGACUUUAUUUCUUUGAAAAGAGAAAGAGUAAAUGCAUAUACUAAUAGCAGCCUUGUGUAAGCACUCUGGAGACACUAACUCUAUUCUUGACAAAGAUUUUGGCAGCCACUGGAUGAAGCUCCUAUACCUGACUAGGCAUUUAUAUGCUCUAACUAAGUCCUGAUGCCACCACAGCAACUACUUUAAGCCCUGCCAAUAAUUUUCACUUAAAAAAAAAAAAAUUCGCUUCAUCAGGCAACUCUUGAUAAAAACAUUUUUUUUCUUAAAUGUGUCAGAAGAUUCACUCUUUUCUGUACAAAAGAUAGAGAACCCAUUUUCUAACACCAAUUUUAAACUCUCACUCUCCUUACAGACAAGUCAUAAGCCCAGAGGAUCCUCUGAGCAAUCCAUCAUCUUUACUGCCUGUCUUUGCUAAGGUGGUGAGUGUCCCUAGAUAACAAGUCACAAGUGAAAAAGUGACUUCUCUUGAACAGAAGUCACUUGACACUGUUUACUUCACUAUUCUGAAUGCAACAGAAGACCAAAAAAAGCACAUAUACACACAAAACCCCAAACCACUAAAAACUACUUAAACACUGAGUAAGCAGAGCAGAGAUGGAAUUUCUGUAGUAAAGAAUAAGAGGUAAUGUUGGGCCUUUUAACCUUUAGUGCAUUACGAGGCUUCGGGUGAGAUGAAUGGAACAUCCAAAAUCACGUUAGUCUAGACCCAACUGCAGAGGCUGUUUAAAAACCACUGAAUAUAUGAGGAAUAUGUUAGAAGUAUGUUAAAAAUAAUUAGACUGAUUAUUGACCCACACCUAUUUUUCUAAUAAAUUUCUAUUAAUCACCUAAUUGCCUCAGUCUAAAAAUCUAAUAUACUUGGACCAUUACUACUACCAGAAAAGUCUUAUUUAUUUUUGCUUGCAUUUGUGCUUAAAAGUUUUGUGAUGGGCUGGGCUUCUCAAGGAACUCUAAGAAGGCAGAAAUAUUUGCCUUGGAUUCUGUGGAUUCUUUAAACCUGUGUGCUAAUUCAACAAUGUUACAUUAAUCGUGUAAGGGUUUUUGUAUAGUUUUCAAACAUCUGUGGUGUAAUGAUCUUUGUUAAACAUGUAUUCUGUAAAGUGCCAUAGUCUUUUUAUGUGUAGCAUAUUUAAAAAAUAUAUAUAUUAUACAUACACAAGUCUGUGUGAAAGAUGUGCAAUAACAAAGGUGUAUGUAUGUUUUGUUUUUUUGGAAACUGGACAGGAGUCAGAACAGGGGUUGUUUCUGUUUUGGCAAAGGAAGAGUUAAACAUUUUUGCCUUCAUGGCCUAGUCAUUAACCCAAAACAAUUUUAAUGCUACACAAACCUAUGUGAAGAAAAGACUGGUAUAAAUUUUUUUUUCUGGGUCUAAAUUAAAAUAAUCACUAGUUUUAUGUGAAAGUUAAGCCAGCAAGCCAGGCCCAGUUAAUGCUAGUCUUUCAUGUGAAAUGUGAAGCUGCCCUGUUGCCUUUUCUGUUAGUGUGAUGACUAGUAGCUGGUACAUAAUCACUAAGGAGCUAUUUCUUAACAUGCUUUGGUAGACCAUGUUAAUGCUAGACCACUAAGAGCUGAUCUUACACCUUCUUAGCCAUGAGAGUCUGGCUUAGAACAGACCUCUUUGUGCAAUAACAUGUUGGCCACUGGAAAUCCCUGGCCUGCGUUUGUAUUUGGGCAGCAAUGACUCCCAAGGGCCAAAAGAGUUAAAGGCACAACUGGGAUUUCUUCUGAGACUGUGGUGAAACUCCUUCAACAGCCACUUGAGCCAAAUAUAAAAUUGUAUUUACUCCCAAUGGACUCAACUUGAGCCUUCAAAUUUGUGGUUAUCCUAUUAUAUUGUAAACUAAUACAUUGUUUGUCUAGCAUUGAUUAAGUUCCUGUGCCUAUGUAUUUUAACAAUGUGCUCCCCUCCUCUCCCCAGAUCUGAAUUAAACCAGAUUUUGCAAACUUA